CCCAACCCUGUGUAUUUUAUUUGGCUGAAACAAAUUUGAUAUAAAAAUUUAUCUGUAUCUAUCCCCUUCUUCUGCCUCCCUUCCCCUUUCUUACUCUCCUCUCUCCUAUCUUAUCUUUUCUGUCUUUCUCUUUAUUUCUUAGUUUGUUUUCUCUUACCAUUCUUUCGUUCUUCCCGUUGUCAUCAGUAGAGAUAAAUUUCCUCCCUUUCUCAUCAGUAGAGAUAAAUUUCUUCCCUUUCUCAUCAAUAGAGAUAAAUUCAUGUCGUUUUAACUCCCCUAUUUUCACUUUCUGCAUUUUAAAUCAAACUUAAGUUAACUUUUUGGAUUAUUUAUUAUUGAUGCUUGAUCCAUAACUUUUUAGAUUAAAAAAAAGAACUUAAGAGAGCUUUUGGACUAGAAAGUAUAGGAGAAAUAUGUAAUAUCACUGUGGACUUUCUGUUUCAAUUUUUUUUAUGUAAUAUCUAUUGCUUGGGAGAUUGUUGUCUACAUUGAGAUCCUAAAUAUAUUGUCUAGGAUGUCUGUUUACCUGGUGGGUUUCACCUCUCAAUGGUGAUCUUUGUUCAUUUAGCUUUUAAAAACUGAUAAAUUUAUUUUUUAGCUAUGGCAUUUAAAGGGAAAUUCUUUAUGUUGCUCAGUUGCUGUUCGUUGAACUUUUGUGCACUCUUCAAUUAAAUGAUAUGGGUUAUGUACUAGCUCCAUGUGGAAAUUUAUAUUUCCAAAUAUCUGUAUGAAGUGACAAAGACUAGCAUCUUUGCGCGUGUCCCAUCCUCUUCUCCAACCCUUUUGACAAAGGUCAAAAUAUUCUCGCCAACUCUAAUGGAGGUUAAGCUAUGGAAUGAUAAGCGGGAAAGAGAAAUGUAUGAAAACUUUGCCGAGCUCUUUGCUAUAAUAAAGGCAACUGAAAAGCUCGAGAAGGCUUAUGUUCGUGACAUCAUCUCACCUGCAGAAUACGAAACUGAAUGCCAGAAAUUGAUUGCUCAUUUCAAGACCUUAUCCUCCACAUUGAAAGAUACUGUACCUAGCAUUGAGCGAUUUCAUGACACCUACAAAAUGGAAUGCCCUGCCGCCCUAAACCGGCUUGUGACCUCUGGGGUGCCCGCCACUGUGGAGCACAGAGCCGCCGCUGCAAUGUCAGCUACAACCUCAGCUGCUGUUGUGGCUGAAUGUGUGCAGAAUUUCAUCACUGCUAUGGACUCUUUGAAGCUGAAUAUGGUUGCUGUUGACCAGGUCCAUCCCCUAUUGUCGGACCUGUCAUCUUCCCUUAAUAAACUUUCAAUUCUGCCAGCCGAUUUUGAGGGGAAGACAAAGAUGAGAGAGUGGCUCUCAAGGCUCUCAAAAAUGGGAGCUGCAGAUGAGUUGACAGAACAGCAGGCCCGUCAACUCCACUUCGAUCUUGAAUCAUCAUACAAUUCUUUCAUGGCAGCACUGCCCACUGCUGGAACUUAAUUGCUUAUUUCAGGUGAUAUGUUUGUACAUAUGAUGUGGCUGAUUUCUUGUUUUCUUUAUCAAGUUUAUACUACAUAUGAUGCUUUAUUUGGUUGAGCUGCUGGUUGAUCAUUUUGAGGAUUCGGAAAAGAGUCAUGUAAUUUGUGCAGACUGUUGUCUGGUCGUUCCAAUUUGUUCAACAUGACCUCAUCCCAGACAACAUUUUUACUUGGUUUGUGUGCUUUUCUUUUGUAACAUUAAUAUAUUACUAGGAAAGAAUUGAGCGUCUGAAAUAGUUUUUCAACGGAAGUGCUAAUUUUUUUUAUGUUAAAUGAAGCAUCCAUGGUAUCAGCUUAUCAAGUAA